UUCGAGUUUUCGAGAUUGCUGUGCGUGGUAUGUUUCUUGGUAUGUUUUCUUAUAUUAAUUUUAUCUGAAUAGGCUCAAGCGGUUCUCUGCUGGUGCUAAUUGCACCGUUACUGGGCGGAUCAGCGCCAAGACAGGAACCCGGUCUGCUACACGGAGAAUCACUGUCUCCUUACCGUCCAAAGAGCUGGCCCUCCGUCGGCCGCGAUGUCUUUGCUCACGCUGCGGGGCGCCACCCACGCGCUGGUGGUUGUCCUCUUCUACGUCAGUGUAGCGUUUGACUUCGUCUGGUGGACGCUGAUCCAGCGCGGCGAGGUGGCCGUCGCCGAGUACGAUUACAUUGUGGUGGGCGGCGGCUCUGGCGGCUCGGUGGCCGCCGGGCGGCUCUCGGAGAACGGCACGUUCAGCGUGCUGCUGCUGGAGGCGGGGCCGGCGCCGACGCCGCUGCACCGGUUCGUGCCGCUGGGACCGCUGCAGUUCAACAGCGCCUACGACUGGGGCUACCAGACGGAGCCGCAGGAGCACGGCUGCCGCGGUCUCCAACAGCGGCGCUCCUUCUGGCCCAUGGGCCGCCUGCUCGGGGGCUCCUCCCAGCUCAACUUCAUGAUGUACGUUCGUGGACAGCGCCGGGACUACGACCGCUGGGCAGAAGAGAACCCAGGCUGGUCCUACGAGGAGGUGGUGCCCUACUUUGAGCGGAGUAUAUCCUAUCACGGUGAUAAGAGUCACCUGGGCUCAGCAGGACCGUGGCAGAUCGCCCUCGGCGCCGGUGUUACCGAAACGGACCACCAGUUUAUCGCCAGCGGACGUCAGCUUGGCUACGAGCCGAUCGACUACAACAGCUUGUCUGGCCCCGGUCUGUACUAUACAGACUCAAACCGCGCCGGCAUCUGGCGACAUGCUCUGAGCGACGCCUUUCUGCACGACCGGUCCAACCUGCAUGUGGUGACCAAUGCGCUCGUGGAAAAGGUAGAACUGGAGCGCGAUCCUCUGCGGGCUGUCGGCGUCACGUUCACCAAGUUUGGCGAGCGGUUGACGGUGCGAGCGCGGUGGGAGGUGAUCCUCUCGGCUGGGGCGGUGAACACGCCUACCGUCCUCAUGAGGUCGGGGGUGGGGCCGGCAGAUCAUCUCAGGGAACUGGGAAUACCGGUUCUCUUGGAUGCCCCGGUCGGCGAAAGUCUUAACGCACAUGUUGGGGCACCUCUUAUUUACCUCACGAACCGUCCCACGAGCCCGCUGCCACAGCCGUCCAACAUCCUGGCCUCCCUCUGGGAGUUGUUCGCCAAUGGCACGGGACAUAUGGCGUCUAACGUGUGCAGCAGCGGCCUGUUCAUGACUAGUUCCUUAUCCGAGUCGCCCGACUACCCAGACAUUCAGAUAUUCCACUGUCUGAUCCACCCCUGGAUAAUGGGCGCCGGGUCCCAGCCAGACUUCAAUCUCUCGCCGGAUCUCUUCGACGAAAUGCUGGCGGAAAUGAAUGAAACGACUCACGGUGUCUCACUGCUGGCGCAGGUGCUAAGACCUCGCAGUCGUGGCACAGUGCGUUUAUCGUCAGCGGACCCCACUUCGCCGCCCCGUAUCCAGCCCAACUUCCUGGAGCGCCGCGAGGACAUGGAGGUCCUGCUCGAGGGAAUGCGCACGAUGGCACGGCUAGCCUCCAUGCCUCCUUACAGUGAGCUGCUGCUGCGACCUGUGGUCAUCCCCGCGUGUCGCCCCUUCAGCGGUGACCAGCAGCUGGAGUGUCUGGCGCGUCACUUCACGUGGCACGUGUACCACCCGACGAGCACGUGUCGCAUGGCACCGCGCCACGUGGGUGGCGUGGUGGACCACCGGCUGAGGGUGCACGGGGUCCAGCGACUGCGCGUGGUGGACGCGUCCGUGAUGCCGUUCGUCACAUCGGGAAACACGAACGCGCCCACGGUGAUGAUAGCCGAGAAGGGGGCCGAUAUGAUACUGCAGGACCUCUGAGAGGCUGGUUUAUCAGUCCGGCGAAUGUGAGGUGACGCCUUGGCACUAAGCAUGGCAUUUAGAGCGCGCUGGGACGGCGCUGUAGCAACUGUGAUUCUAUGGUGAUGGAAUGUGGCCA